GGAAUGAAUCACAAGCAUUUGUGUCUCUUUGUGGGGCAUACAGUACUCUCCUUCUCUUUCUAUUUUUUUUCUCUCUCUCUUUGCUUUGCUUUUGCUGUCUCUGUGUGUACUUUUGCUUCUCUCUCUCUCUCUCUCUCUCUCUCUCUCUCUCACAUUAAUUGAUGGGUAGCUGGUAAAAAGACUGGAAGAGCCCAAAAUUCAACAUAAGAGUGGCUAUUGCAUUAUCUUCCUUUUUUUGGCUAUUUUUGGAAAAAAAAGUUUUGCUCUUUCUGACUUUUAUGACUUUGCACUAUCAUAUCUUCAUCUCCAUUUCUUCUACUUCUGCUUUCCCAUAAUUGUCUGUAUCUUUCUCUCGCUCUCGCUUUCUUGAUGAGCUUAUCUAUCCAUUUAUUCUCCUUUUAUCAACUUUUACCUACUCUUAGUGGUAAAAACAAGAAAACUCAAUUUCUAGUCUGUCUUUUCUUUUCAUACUCUCACACUCUCUCCAAAGCAGCAUGUCCUUGAAGCAUACUGUGCGAUUUCAAGAUACUACCAUAAUUCAAGAUCAAAACUUUGGAGUGUUGGACUUGUGUUCUUGAACUAAUUUACCUCUAAUGUCAGAGAGCAAUGCAUUAGUUGUUUUGGAUUACAGACUUUGAAGAUGGGAAAUUUGGGAGAUCUUUUGCAAAAUGUGUCUAUUAUAUGACUAGUUGCAGGAUGUUAUGUAGUUGAGAUGUGAAUUCUAUACAUUGAUCAUUCGAGGCUUUUAUGCUUCCUGCUAUAGGGAUAGGUUCUUGCAAACAUAGGAAAGAAAAUAGAAAAUCUUGAAGUUUCUAACGUUUUCCCAUUCUAAAUUACAAGUAGGGACGCACUGCUAGAGGGUAAAUAAAGAAAUGAAAGACAGAAUGGAAACUGCAACAAUGCUUGGCAUAGUCCCAGAAGAAGCCUUAGCCUUGUGGUGAAGCAUUAGUCAAUCUGCAAAAGCAGCUCCUUCAGUGUUCCUCUCAUUCAGAUAUACAUUUUUUUAAAACUUUACACAAUCAUGACGCCUCCAUACUCAAAAUUGGAAUCAGAAAAUGAGUCAGAAAUCAGCAGCCAGGUAGCAUCCAACAUAUCCUUGCAAGAACCAUCUCCUGAUCCUUCCAAGGAGGGCAGCACACCAUCUUCGUCUCUCACGGAUCUUGCCAAGCUUCAACAAGGUUCAACACCUGUUUCGCUUGACUUGUCACUUAACUUUAACUCUUGUGACAUUGAGUUGAAGGGCAGCACAGCAGGUGAGACUAGCAGUGAAGUAGCUCCUGCCACCACUCCAGCUGCAACCAUUCCAAGAGUUUUCUCUUGUAACUACUGCCGACGCAAAUUCUAUAGCUCACAGGCACUCGGGGGCCACCAGAAUGCUCAUAAAAGGGAACGAACAAUGGCGAAACGUGCAAUGCGAAUGGGAAUUUUUUCAGAUAGGUAUACUAGCUUGGCAUCUCUUCCACUUCAUGGUUCUGCAUAUAGGUCACUUGGGAUCAAAGCUCAUUCUGCAAUGCAUCAGAAUAUUAUUCCAUCACAGCAAAAGCCUCCUGAUAUGAGAGGCGGAGCAAGAUUUGAGCAAGGGUAUUAUGGGAUGCCAGUUUUCAUGGAAGAUGAAGAUGUUGGCUUACAUUGGCCUGGAAGUUUUAGACAGGUUGGUGGCAGUAACUUUGGUUUAGAGUUUGCUGAAAGUUCAAAUUCAAAUAUGAACGUUGUACGAAUUUCACCACAGCCAAGGACAGAUUCUUCUGCACCAGAUCUUACUCUGAAGCUUUGAGUUUAGAAAUUUUGUUAUGAUUUAGACAUUCUACUUGUAAUAGUCUUUCCUUUUGUACAGUGAGAUUAUAUGCAUUGAUAACAGCUGCAAGAAUCGACAUUUCUUCUUCUUUUCCUUAAUUUAAUUCCCUCAUUUAUUAUUGACUAA